GCGGUCACCAUAGAGACGGGAUGCUGUACCUGGGCGCCAGGGCCUCGCUGGCCGACGCGCUGCCCCUCCACAUUGCACCGCGGUGGUUCAGCUCGCACAGCGGUUUCAAGUGCCCCAUUUGCUCCAAAUCUGUGGCUUCUGACGAGAUGGAAAUGCACUUUAUCAUGUGUCUGAGCAAACCUCGCCUCUCCUACAACGAUGACGUGCUGACCAAGGAUGCCGGCGAGUGCGUGAUCUGCCUGGAGGAGCUGCUGCAGGGGGACACGAUAGCCAGGCUGCCCUGCCUCUGCAUUUAUCACAAAAGCUGUAUAGACUCAUGGUUUGAAGUGAACAGAUCUUGCCCGGAGCAUCCUUCUGAUUGACCCGCCGGGCGUGCUUGCUGACUUCUCUUUAAGGGCACCUUGCUAUACCUGCUGUACCUCCUCUCCCUGUCCCCCCCGCCCCGCCUGGAGUUUUGGGCUGACUUUAAAUUCCUCAAGAAGACAAAAAUAAAACCCAGAAACUUGAAUCCACUUGGGA